GACCCCGCCCUCGCUUUUAAGCCGCCUAGAUCCACUUAUCUCCAGCCAUCUCCCUCCACUUAGCCCCGCCAACAGCGGCCCCAUCCUCCGGGUCUAACCCCCUGUGUAAGCUCCCGAGUAUAUUUGUCCCCGCCACUAUAGUGCAAUAAUUCCACCUCCUACACACACCCAACAUUUAGCGGCACAUGCACAAUCCUUCGGCUAUAACUCGCCCUUAUUGGGCCGCCUUUUUGGAAGAGCUUGCAGCUGCCGCCCUCAGCGCGACGCAUGCCAUACUACCGAGACAUAGUGCUCCGGGCCGAGCGCUGCUACCGCGCCGGCGGGAUCGGCACAGCGGCCGCACCACCUCACCGCUUUCCGCCAUUAGCUUGAAUCUCUUUGUGCAUGCGCCUGCGUCUCCGCGGCAAGCCGUCCCACUAACCCCUUCGUCUACUAGUCCCGCAUUCGGGAAAACUGCUUUUUUUUUUCUCCCUUGUUUUCUGCCCAUAGCAACAGAAAAAGUGGGUGUCCUCACGUGACAACAGUAAGGAAGAUGCACGUGACAUGUCACGUGCAAUUUGGUCACGUGCACGAGUCUGCUUUGCCGUCUUCACCCCUCGUGGGCCGUCAAAUGUGGAAACCGCCAAACGGGGGAAUCUGCAACAUGUUUGUUCCGAAUA